AAUUGGCUGCAUGAGAUUAUUUUAAAAGGUGUAUAACACAAUGAAGACAUGCAAAUUCUGAAGCUUCUCCUUUUUUGUCCUCAAGCCUUCAACAAACAAGCACAGAAGGAAUCUCUGCUACCCUACAGACAACAUCAAAUGACUCUCUGGUAGAUGACUGCUCUCAUGAAUUCAGUGAGACAAUCAUGGAUAAACCCUCAAAUAAUCAGAAAAUAACUCCAGUUGAUCUACAGACAGAUGUUGCUGCCCCUCAAAGAGGCAGGAAGCACAAACGAGAAGUUCCAGUACAUAAACAGGAGAAUGUUAAAGACAAAGACGCUGUGUGUGUUGUUCCAUUACGACCAGUGAGGAGGAAGGAUAGUCGGACACCAGACCGUAAACAAAAACCUGAAGUUAUUUCACAGCACUGUGCACGAAGAGACAGAAGUCUUUCAUCUGACAGUCUUCAGAAAUCUGAGGUCAAAGAUGAUGCCACUGGUGAGAAUAUUCUAACCCAGACAACCAAUGACCUUGUCCCUCCUCGAAGAAUAAGGAAAAGAGAUGGUAGCCUUCCUGCUGGUGUCCCUCACAAAGUUGAUGCCCAAGAAAGCCUUGCUGAUCAAACAUCUAUGCAGGUGGUUCUCCAGCAGCCUGUAAGCAAAAUAAAUAAUUCUGUACCCUUAGAGCAAUCACAGGGUGUUCACUAUGUACAAGGGGAAAGUGAACCUGUUCAAAUAUCAACAGAUCUUGUCCCUCCUCGUCGUGUAAAAAGAAGGGAUGGUAGUUUGCCACCUGAAGCUUCCCACAAAACUGAUAAUGUUUCACCAAACUCAGAAGCGCUGAACAAGCCUCUUGACAGAAAAGACAACUUCACUAAAGAGACAUUUGUUGCAGUAACUGAUGACCUACAGAAUUUGAAAGGUCAAGAUGGUACUGCUCUGGGAACCUCUAACCUUGCUCCACCUCGACGAUCUAGAAGAUCCAAUGUCUCAGGUGCUCCUGAACUUUUACAGAAUGUAGAGCAACAGAGUCAAACAGACACUGAACUGAUGCCUUCACAGCCUGUAAGAAGAAAAGAUAGUUUCACCAUGCAACAUUCUGAUUUUACUCAGAGUGAACCUCUACAAACAGACACAGAAUUUGUCAUCCCCAAGCACACAGAAAGAACUUCUUGUCCUGCUGAAUGUUCCAAGAAAUUUGAAGACUCAAAUCCAGAACCAGAGUCAGAGUUAUUCACUGACUUUGGUGUUGGGCAGACUACCCCUCUAUCAGUCAUCAGAAAGAUAGCUCCUCCAAGACGUAGCAAAAAAUUGCCUUCAGGCAAAUCUGAAAAAAAUGUCAAUGAUAAGAAAAUUACAUUGGAGAAUUUGAAUGCAGCAAAUAAGGAGUGUGUACCUCCACUCCAGAUAAAGAACAUGCCAAGUGAUAUUGUUGACAAGGAUGUAAAAAAGACAAAACCAUCACAGAUUGCAGGUGAUACUUAUGUUAAAGUGGUUGAUACAGCAUCUCAGAAAUCAGAGUAUAGAAUAUCAGAAACAGAAAAGAGGGAUGAACCAGGGUCUCUGCCUAUACCAAUGCCUCGUGUAAAGAAACGUCUCAGUGGCUCCUUCCCAGAUGAUGUAACAGCAGAGGGGAGCUCUCAUGUUCAGUCACAUGUUUCCAGGUCAGGACAGUCCACCAGUGGAGAAGAGGGUCAGGCAACCUCAACAUCCGGAGUAUUGUUGACACCUCAGCAUAACACAAGCCCUGUACCUCCUAGUGAUCAACCCUCUACAUCUGGGGUGGCAGUGUGUAUGAGAAGAAGACAUCUUAACAUUGAGAGCAAGGGCAAAGUAGAGGGUGGUGACAUUUCAGAGCAAAUACCAGUGCCCUCAGGAUUACCUGUACCCAAACCAAGAGUAAAGAAGCGUCUGAGUGGUUCUUUCCCAGAUGAUGUCACACCUUCUAGCUCACCAACUUCUUGCAUGCCAGAUUCUGCAACUGAGACCAAGGUUUCUGAAGCAGUACAAUCAAGCUCGCCUGUUCCAAUGCCUCGCCCCAAGAGACCCCUCAGUGCCACUUACUCAGACAGCACCCCACCUGCAGACACUUCAUUCCCCAUAGAAACGGUAUCCUCUGAAAGUAACCAAGAGGUCCCACCUCCCACUAUUCAGGAAACAAGGGAAGGCUCAACAUCAGUGGAAUCAAGUGUGAUCUCUGAGGGAGGUUUUAUCACAAUUCCUGGAGCAGAAGAUGUUGCAUCAGCAUCGGAACAAGAAGUUCUGGCAGUACUUGCAGAAGCAGAUUUUCCUCGACCAGGCUCUAUUGAAGAUACUUUUAAUAACAAGUCACUUGUGGAAAGCAUUGAAAGCUGGACCUUUACAGAUAAAUCUGUUGUUGUAGACGACAAUGAGAGAGCUACACAUGCAGUGUCAGACCAGGUUGAUGCUGAAAUGGCCUUUGAAGCAGAAACUGACAAAACCUUUGAUUCCUCUGUUAUACCUGGUCAGGAUGACUGGCUGCAUGUAGGAGAUAAAGACAGCGAACCCAUGGAGAUAAACUUGAGCAAAGACAUGGUUGAAGAGGUGGACUUUGGCUUUGUGUCUGUAGAUGUAGCUGCUGGUGGUAUAGAGGAGGAGGAGAGGCAGAGGAAGGCAGCAGGAGAAUCCUCAGCGCAGCCUGUCCCUGUGCCUCGGGGUAAGAAGCGAUUGAGUGGUUCUUACCGAGAUGACAGUGAAUCAAAAGUAGAUGGUGUCCACUUAGCCAAUGAGCCAGCAACGCCUCAGAAAAGACCUGCAGAUCCCCAGGAAAUGGGUCAAGAUAAGGGUGCCUGUUCUGAAAGCAUACUGGCCAGCCCUAGCCUAGUGACCUCAAGUCAGUCUCUACUGGAGUGGUGUCAGGAAGUCACACAGGGUCACAAAGGGGUGAAAAUCACCAACUUCAGCACUUCCUGGAGGAACGGCCUGGCUUUCUGUGCCAUCCUACAUCACUUCUACCCAGAAAAGAUUGAUUAUGAAUUGUUGGAUCCUUAUAACAUCAAGGGAAACAACAAAAAGGCCUUUGAUGGUUUUGCUGAAUUGGGUAUCUCCAGGCUCAUGGAGCCCUCAGACAUGGUGUUGCUACCCGUGCCUGACCGCCUCAUCGUAAUGACCUACCUCAACCAGAUCCGAACCCACUUCUUGGGCCAGGAGCUCAGUGUGCUUCAUAUAGAGAAAAACAGUAGUGAGUCCAGCUAUGCAGUAGCAGGGGACAGGGAGAGCCAAGAGGCUGCUGACCCCGAGGCUGCUGUCCGCUACUGUGCCCAGAGGCUCCAGGAGGAAGGUUUUAACCUUGAGACUAUUGGGACUGUAACCACAACAGAGAAAGACAGUAACAGAGACACUAAAUCCAAUAGAGACAUAGUUCCACCUCCAAGAACCAAACGACUGCAGGGUGCUGGGGCUGGUGGGGCUCAAGCACCUGUAGCACCACCAAGGACUCAUUUCCUGUCCAAGUCUGGUUUCUCUCAUGUCAAAGACGCUGAUCUGGUUAAGAAACGCAGGUCACAACGGAGGAGUGGAUCACUAGAUGAGGGAGACAUAUCAGUGACUGUUGCAGAACAGGAUGAAAGUGCAUUUACUCGGAGGAAAUCAGAAACAGAGAGAAGAGAGGUUUCUGUUGAGGAAAGAGGACCAGAGGAGGGCCAGGACCGCAGCCAGUAUGUCUUGAGUGAGAUGGAAGCCCUGGAAACAGAACAGAAGCAUAUUGAUAAGAGAGCAGACGUGGUGGAGAGGAAACUGAGACGACUGAUGGAAACUGGCAGUGACAAGGUUGAGGAGGAGAGGCUGAUUCAGGAAUGGUUCACACUGGUCAACAAGAAGAAUGCCUUGAUCAGGAGGCAAGACCAUCUACAGCUACUGCUGGAAGAAGAAGAUUUGGAAAGAAAGUUUGAGCUAUUAAACAAGGAGCUGAGGGACAUGAUGGUGAUAGACGAGUGGCAGAAGACUCAGGCCCAUAAACACAGAGAACAGCUGCUGCUGCAGGAACUGGUGUCACUCGUCAACCAGAGAGACGAACUGGUUCAAAACAUGGAUGCCAAGGAAAGAGGAGCCCUGGAGGAGGACGAGCGUCUGGAGCGAGGCCUGGAGCAGCGGAGGAGGAAGUACGCCGCACAGCAGAAGGAAAAGUGCGUAAUGCAGUGAUGAAAUAUUCAACUCCAGCCAACAUGGAGUGCCGCACGGGUCUGGAAGUGGGUCGAGACAAAACGGAGGACAGAGUUACGGGUUGAUCCUUUUUCACCUGCUCUCUGAUGGACAGUACUGUCUGUUGUGAUAUGAAUCAGCACUGAGAGUGCACAGGGUUGGGUAAUAAAGUACACCUUUCGGCCAACUAAUUGACACUGAGGGGAUGGAUUUUUCCAUUUUAAAUUACAGUAUCAGCGCUGAACCAGUAUGAACUAACAUUUCCAGUAUGAGGCAAUAGCAAAAGACACUCAACUGGGACAAAACCAGUACAAUCUGAGGAAGACUCCAGGAAAUGUUGGCUGUGUUUCGGCUCUAAAUACAUUUUAAAUCAGCUUGAAUUCUGUCCCUGGGCCUGUGUCCCCAUUUGAAUGUGUGGCACCAGGCUACAUUUUAAAUCACCAAAGAACAAGGCCAUUUAAAUUGGCAAUGUAAUUUCCACACAUUUGGUGUAUUUGUCCAUUCAUCUGACCCUAGAGGGCAGCCAAUAUAAAGGAAUGUGCACCCACUAAGUUGAGGAAGUGUCAAAGCCUCAAAGAGAGCUCUUGUUGCUAUUUUUUUAAAAGGAUCCCUCUGGUGGUGGUGAAUGUUAGGUUCAUUUUCCAGAUUAGCCUUCCCAGAUUAGUUUACCCUUCCGAGUUGAUGCCAGAACUCAGGAUAAUUAUAUCAAAUGGAGGACAUCUGAAAUAUUUGUUCUUUCUAAAGGUACAAGUUAUUAAACCUAUGAAAGAGAAUGAGACUGAUUUUUUUACCGAAACCACAGGAAUCCUGUAUGUGCUUUUUUAAAGUGAUGUUUGUUACAGAUUUGAAUGUAGUGUGUUUUAUUGAAAGUGUGCUUGAGUGAUUGCAAAUGUUCCUCGGAUAUUGGUACAGGUAUGACUUGAAAACAACAAGAAACUAAGGUUCGACCAGGCUGAUGUGGUGUUUUUGAAUUAAGGCUGCCGAUAAGUCCUAUUUUUGUGCUGUUGGUCGUAUAAAUGCUGAAAACCUCCACCACAAAAUUACAAGGUUUCAGUGUUUCCCCCAGAUCUUGAUUCUUUGCAGGGUGGAAAAGCCUUUGAAUCACAUUUAAAAAAAAAAAUAAUAAAAUUCCUCAUUAAAGAACCAUGCCAGUGAUUUUGCAUGUUUAGCUUAAUAUCUGCAAAAUAUAAACUUCAUGUUUUUGCUAAUCUUUUCAUAAAGCAAACAGUGGUAUUUUAGAACUACAAUAUUAUUUUUCCUCCCUUUUAUCCAGCUAUUGUUUUCCAUUCAUUC